AUGUUUCAGCUUUUUCCACUAGACAAGAUCUCAACCUACAGUCGGCCUUUUUACCGGCCUUUCUCCGGGUCACAGUCAGCCUUUCUACCGGCCUUUCUCCGGGUCACAGUCCACCUUUUUACCGGCCUUUCUCCGGGUCACAGUCAGCCUUUCUACCGGCCUUUCUCCGGGUCACAGUCCACCUUUUUACCGGCCUUUCUCCGGAUGGAGAUCGUCCACGUCUACACGAAGCUCCGGAGUGAGUUCGGCCGACAGUGUCUCUUCUCGGACCGGCCCGCUGAGCUCCUGGUGGAUGUUUCUCCGGACCCGAACCUGGCCCUGCAGUUCAUCCAGAAAACCCGCCGAGACCAGGCCAUGCAGGCCAGCAGGGACAUGUCCGAGCACCAGGUAAGUCUGGAACCACGCGGAGGUUUAUAGAGGUUAUUAUUUUGUGCACGUGCUGUUGUUGCCUUGGAAACAACGGUAUCAUUAUUCUUUUCAUAACCUGACUGAAAAUGUUCGGAGGUUUUAAUUAGAACGAGAGUAAAAAUACUCUGAGGCUUCAGGAGCUGAUUUUAUUUUCUUCUCACUAUUUUCUUCUCUCAGUUUUUUUUUUUCAUCUCUAUUUUUUCCUCUUUUUUUUGUUCAGUUUUUUCCUCUCAGUUUUUUCUUCUUCUCAUUUUUUCCUCAUUCUCUUGUUCUCUCAGUUUUUUUCUUCUCACUUUUUUUUUCUUCUCAGUUCUUAUCUCAGUUUUUCUUCUUUUUUUUUCUUUUUCUUAAUUUUCCUCAUUCUUUUGUUCUCUCAGUUUUUUUCUUAUUUUUUCUCCUGAGUUUUUUUGUUUUUCAUUUUUUUCUUUUUCUCAGUUUUUUCUUCUCUCAGUUUUUUUUCUUCUCUAUUUUUUCCUAAUUUUUUUGUUCUGUUUUUUCCUGUUUUUUCUUCUCAAGUUUUUUUUGUCUCAUGUUUUUUCUUCUUCUCAUUUUUUCCUCAUUCUUUUGUUCUCUCACUUUUUUUUCAGUUUUUUCUUCUUAGUUUUUUCUCUCAGUUCUUUUCUCAGUUUUUUCAUCUCAGUUUUUUCUUCUCAGUUUUUUUCUUCUCUGUUUUUCUUCUCUUUUUUCUUUUCAGUUUUUUUCUUCUUUAAGUUUUUUUUCUGCUCUCAGUUUUUUCAUCUUUUCUCUUUUUUUUUCUUCUCUCAAUUUUUCUUCUGUCUUCCCAGUUGUCUGUGUUUUCAGAGGCCUGUUUUUGAUUCCUUUUCUCGGACGAGUCUUUUUCACAUGAUCGUCUUGUUUUUUUAUGACCGUGUCAAACAUUCAUUUGUUCACGAUUUUUCACUCUGUCGUGUCAGUGAGUCAGUGAUGUGGACUGAUGAUGCUCCUCCACCUUUACAUGUUUGGUUUUCUUCCUCCUCUCUAGUCCAGUUUACAAACACAUUUUAAACUUGAAGAUAUCCAGUUCCUGGUCCAGGUCCAGCUCCAGGUCCUGGUAAAGGUCUGUGUCUCUGCAGGUGAACACGGAGCGCUUUGAGUCGGAGAGCCGUGGAAUAAACCACCUGGAAGGGGGGUGGCCCAAAGACAUCAACCCUCAGGAGAUGGAGCAGACCAUCCGCUUCAGGAAGAAGGUGGAGAAGGACGAGGUCUACAUCAACAGUGUCCUACAGCUGGGCAGCGUAAGACCCACAGUCCACCCACCAAGACCACCACAGUGCACUUCAGAGGACAUGACUCACUGAGAACCACCACAGUCCAUGUAGACUUGGGUUGGCCCAGUAUAGCCAACAUGGACCAGUCCAGUAAAGUCCACUUCAACCCACAAAAUCCACUAGAGUCCAGAACGGUGCACACUUUAGUCCAAAUAGACCCCCUUGAGUCCAGGGGGACAUGCUUUAGUUCACAUUAUGGUCCAUAUUGAUCCAUUUGACCAAAUGAACACACAAUGGACCACAUCAGUCCACCUCAGUCCAUAUUGACCUAAGUAAAUCCACACGGUCCACUUACAGCCCAAAUAGUCCAGUAAAGUCCACAUUGGUUCUGGUUUUGAAAGUUUAUCAUUACUGGCUCCAUUCAGUCCAGUCAGACUUGUUCUGGUCCUGAACCUAAGACCGUGGUCUAAACCUAGUCACUGUUUGGUCCAUGUGGACUAACUUUGACCUGGUGAAGAGACACAGAGUCCAAAUGAAGACCCAGAAGUCCACUCUAGGGAAACCAUAUGACUGUCCCAACUUGUGGGGUAUGUCUUGUGCUGCGUUCCAGUUUCCCCAGAGGUGAGAUUUCGGAGCUGGGAAUGACAUUAAAUCCAAGGUCACGGUGUUUCAGUUAACAAGUCGGAAAAUCAAGAUGGACGCCUACAGUUACCCGUUGUCAGUUGUUGUUAGCGGUUGUCAGCUGUUGUUAGUUGUUGUUAGCGAUACCAGUUGUAAACAUAAUACAGUAUUUGACUCUUACAAACACCACAGCACCGUGUUCACAGUUAGACGUUGGGCAGUACAAAAUAAACCACUUAUUUAAUUUCACAAAAACAAAACAGAAGAGAGCUUUUACUGUUACUCUUUACCUUUGAUGGACUGUGCUGCCAGUGCGAGGAUCGUCCGACGUUCCGAGUCGAAAAUCCGACUUCAGGGAGGCGUUCCGGAUGAAUUUCCGGCUCGGUGCUUGGAUAUCCUGACUUCUGAGUACAACUGGAAUGCAGCAUUAGGUCAUAGCCCCGUCCCUGGUUGUGAUGUCAUUAGGUGUGUCGUCAUGUGUUGUACAGAUCAUGGAGCACUGCAUCCGACAGAACAACGCCGUGGACAUCUACCGGGAGUACUUUGAGGACGAGGAUGAGGUGGAGGAGAACCAGGAGCCGCCGUCUGCCAAGACCAUCAAUGUCUUCAGGUCCAGAUGACGCCCUAGCACACAGGAAGUAGUCCAGCAUAGUCCUGACAAGUCACAGACAACCCCCAAUUGCUCAGUCUCAGGCUGUGUCUCAUUUCAGAGACCGCAUCGGGCUAAGUGCACUUCUGCACCGUCGAACGGUGCAUUUGAAGCGUGCAUGACGUCAUGACGGCGCGAACGGUGUCCCAUUUGGCACGAGAUGCUAAGCGCGCUUAGCAUUUUUUCAAGCGUGCAUUUAUGCGCGCUUUCGUGCCAUCGGUAUCCCAGAAUGCUUUGCGUGCCGCUGCACAGCUGCGCAUUUCAGGUGAGAGGCUGGACUCGCUUGGAGACACAGCGCGUCUUCAAAGAAAAUACAAGAAAUCCAAAAACAGCAGACAGUCAGCUCAGGCUGUAUGAGAGCAUGAUCUCUGAACUCACUAAAAUCUGUAAACCAAACAUUAUAGAUUUAGAGACGAACUGAUCCGCUCUGCUUCAACAAUCAAAAACAUUAGAAAUGAGAAAGCUGACAAAACUACAGCAGAGGAUCAGGACAACAUUGAGGUUUUUUUUUCUUUUAAGAUUUAGAGAUUAAAGUUGUAAAUUUAGGAGAAUAAAGUCAUAAAGUAAAUAAAGUCAUAAAGCUGCUUUUGUGGAGGGGGAAAUGACUGAAGCUGGUCAUCUGCAGGGUUAUCUGUGGAUGUAUCAGCGGGUCAUUCAGAGAGAUUUUGUGGUUUCUGAAGAAACAAUCAAACUGAUGAUGAUCAACAUUUGUAUCUCCUUGUUUGUGAAACCUAUACUGAAGCCUGAGGGCGGGGACAUUUGGAGACCUUCGGAGGACUUCCUGGUUGAGUCGCCAAAUGUCCCCGCCCUCAGGCUCGCGUCACGACUGACUUAAAGAAAACCAGCUGAGCGCAGCAGUUAUUGUUUUAAUUGUGCGACCUUGCACAGACACAAAAUAGUAGAUACAUACAAGCACAGAUCAUUCCCACAAAAUUAAUCCAAUGAUUGUUUUGUAUGAAGGAGUAUGAGGGCCAUAUUGAGAAUUUUCAAGAUUUAAGUCGUGAAUUUACGAGAAUAAAGUCAUUAAUUUAUGAGAAUGAAGUCAUAACCUGUUAUUUCAGAGAGACUUGUUAAAAUUAGGGCCAUGAAGCAUUUGAAGGAACUGUGCUUCAGUAUAGGUUUCACAAACAAGGAGAUUCUUCAUCCUCUGGCACAUCAGCAUCACAUUGUCAUAAGUAUAAAGACUUAAAAAAAAAGAAUAUAUGAGAAAUACGUCUUUUCCACGGGGAAAAAACAGGUGUACUUGAAGGAAAUCGCUGCUUUUGUGGAGGCAGAAAUGAAUAUGCUGAGGAUAUAUCUGUCAAUGCAGCCGUAAAUAUCCGUGAAUGACAUUGAGCUUUAGUUUAUGAUAUGAAUCCAUAUGCCGUAAUAAGGUGUUGGUGUCUCUGCAGGUGUAGGUUACCGCCGGUGUCAGAGACGUGGUGCUCGUCGGAGCUCGACUCCCUCUGGAUCACAAAUGUUGAUCAUCAUCAGUUUGAUUGUUUCUUCAGAAACCACAAAAUCUCUCUGAAUGACCCGCUGAUACAUCCACAGAUAACCCUGCAGAUGACCAGCUUCAGUCAUUUCCCCCUCCACAGAAGCAGCUUUAUGACUUUAUUUACUUUAUGACUUUAUUCUCCUAAAUUUACAACUUUAAUCUCUAAAUCUUAAAAGAAAAAAACCUCAAUGUUGUCCUGAUACUCUGCUGUAGUUUUGUCAGCUUUCUCAUUUCUAAUGUUUUUGAUUGUUAAAGACGCGUUGUGUCUCCAAGCGAGUCCAGCCUCUCACCUGAAAUGCACAGCUGUGCAGCGGCAUGCAAAGAAUUCUGGGAUACCGACGGCACGAAAGCGUGCAUAUAUGCACGCUUGAAAAAGGGGCGGGGGCAGUGUGGUUUUGAGACUGAAUUUGAAGCGCGCUUAGCAUUUUGUGCCAAACGGGACACCGUCCGUGCCUCGUGAUGACCUCACGCAUGCUUCAAAUGCGCCGUUUGACGGUUGCGGUCUCUGAAAUGGGACACAGGAAGGGUACAUAACGGCACAAAAUGGCAGUGCGCUCAGCUAAGCGCGCUUAUCCCGAUGCGGUCUCUGAAAUGAGACACAGCCUCAGUCUGUCUGCGGUGAACUCAUUUUUAUAGUACCAACAACCACCACCAGAGGGCACCAGGUCUGCAUUCAGAUCAGUUCUUGAUCCACACACACAGUCUCUCACUGCCCCCCCUGACUUGGUCAGGGUGACCCUGGAUUUCCACCCAUCCAGAAUGGCAAAGAUUUUUGCCAUUCGCCAAUUCCUUCUGGAUCCGUUUGCGAGGCAAAUUUCAUGGCAGAUUACAGACAGCAGUUAUCGUGAGAACUCACAAGAACCCACAGGUUCACGUUCAAUCGCGCCAUAACGAGUUGUCUCUAUAAAGACAGCCACAUAGACAUAUAAGCAGUAGAUUGUGUCCUUCCAGAGGAGGAAAUCUACUUCUAGUCUUCUAGAAUCAUCCAUGGUGUCAUCGGGGUGAAAUGACGUCUAAAAACCUUUCACUUGUUCGUCUCCGCCCGUUUGCAUGGUGUGAAAUACGAUCCUCCUGAAACACGGAGUGUUUUAUUUUUGAAAAGAAGCCGGAUGUUUUAUUUUGUGUCUGUGCCCGACUUCCUUUCCAGCACGGGUUAAUCUGUGCUGAAUUUAUCCGCCAUGCUCCGGCGUCCAGAAAAAAUAGAACUCUUGCGAUCAGCUGAGGAGUCCGGCGAUCCGCAGAGGAACGGAAAGAAGCCAGUGAAAAUUGACACACAACCUAAGGCGAAACGUCCCAUGUAAGUCCAGUUGUCCUUUCAAAAAGAUUGCUAAAUUUUGAUUUUGAUCUGCAGUAGAUUGGAAAGAAGCCGGUGGAAAUUGACACGUUAACUUGAAUGGUUACGAUCAGCCACGAUUGGUGGGUAUGACCUUUUCGUAGACGUUCAGGAUGCGGUGGAAACUGAGGUUAAGAAGCUGCUAAAAGACAGAGUGGAAGAAGCACCAGGUCGAGCAGGGGGCGCUCUUGUCACACACUCAACAGAACCACUUAAACCCGUCCUGUGGUCCCAUGGUCCCAGCUGCUUUGACCAAGUUUGUGUCUCUGCAGAGAUCCAAACGAGCUGAAGAGGACCGUCACAGACCUGUCCUGGCGUCCUGAUGGCGCGAGGAAACUGGCGGCCGCUUACUCCUGCCUGGAGUUCCAGAAGAGCUGCAGAGGCUCGAGUCUGGACUCCUACAUCUGGGACAUCGGUGGGUAAGACAAAAGCAGCAAACUCAGUCCCCACAGAGUCCUGUCCACUCAGACCGGUUCUUUCUGCUUCAGAGAACCCCAACAAACCUGAGCUGACCCUGAAGCCGGCCUCCCCUCUGGUUUGCCUGGACUACAACCCCAAAGACCCCCACACCCUGGUGGGGGGCAGUUACAACGGACAGAUCGGUGGGUUCAGGUCAGUCUCAUGGACAGGUGAAGAUCCCAGAGAGACAUCCACACUCACCUGUGUCUAUUUCAGUGUACUGGGACACCCGCAGAGGAGGGACACCUGUGGAAGUGUCCUCUGUGGAGCAGAGCCACCGAGAUCUGGUCUACAAGAUCCUCUGGCUUCAGUCCAAGACUGGGACAGAUGCCUUCUCCGCGUCCACUGAUGGACAGGUAGGACAGAGAGGGGCAGUUGGAAAAGUGAGGUACAGGUGGAACAGAGAGGGACAGUGAGGGACAGGUGGAACGGAGAGGGACAGGUGGAACAGAGAGGGACAGGUAGAACAGAGAGGGACAGGUGGAACAGAGAGGGACAGGUGGAGCAGAGAGGGACAGGUGGGGCAGAGAGGGGCAGGUGGAGCAGGAGGGACAGUGAGGGACAGGUGGAACAGAGAGGGACGGUUGGAACGGAGAGGGACAGGUGGAACAGUGAAAGACAGGUGGAGCAGUGAGGGACAGGUGGAACAGAGAGGGACAGGUGGAACAGAGAGGGACAGGUGGAGCAGUGAGGGACAGGUGGAGCAGAGAGGGACAGGUGGGGCAGAGAAGGACAGUGAGGGACAGGUGGAACAGAAAGGGACAGGUGGAACAGAGAGGGACAGGUGGAACAGAGAGAGACAGGUGGAACUGUGAAGGACAGGUGGAACAGAGAGGGACAGGUGGAACAGUGAGAGACAGGUUGAACUAUGGGGGACAGGUUGAACUAUGAGGGACAGGUGGAACAGAGACAGGACGAUUAGAGAUGGACAGAGAGACAGAUGAAAGAAUGAUAGACAAGGACAUACAGACAUAUAGACGGGUCAGAGAGGACAGGUGAGCAGGGAGGGACAGAGUUCCAUCUGUCAUGUUGUUAAUCUCAGGUCUGUUGUAAUCUGCGGACUGGUCCUUAAACUGGCUCCGCCCCCUCUGUCAGGUGCUGUGGUGGGACGUCCGCAGGCUGAGCGAACCUACAGACCAGCUGGUCCUGGACCCAUGCCGGGAGGGGAACCUAGAUCGAGCUUUUGGAGCGGUCUCCUUAGAGUUUGAGCCCACCAUGGUGAGAGGUCAAAGUUCAGAAAACAUACUCAAAGAACUACAAAGAUGGCCGCCUCUAUUGAUUGUUUGCUUUAAUUAGAAUGAGUAAAGACUGUGGACCAAUCAGAGAGAUCCUGGUCAUUAAACGUAGUCCUGGUCCGUCUCAGAGACCCAGAGGUCCUAGAGGUAUACAGGACAAAAACCAGCUGAGACAAAGUCCAGGUGAUAAUGUGGACUGAUCAUUUUACCAACUUUUCUGUCCUCUCUGUCCUUUCUCUGUCCUACUCCUGUCCCCUCUGUCCUCCUGUCCUCUCUGUCCUCCCUCUGUCUUCAAUUUGUCCUCUCUUUAUUCUCUCUAUUCUCUCUGUCUUCUCUGUCCUCUUUCUGUCCUCUCUCAUUUCUCCUCUCUGUCCCCUCUGUCCUCUCGCUGUCCUCCUCCUGUCCCCUCUGUCCUCUUUCUGUCCCCUCUCUGUCCUCUCUCUGUCCUCCUUCUGUCCUCUCUUUAUCCUCUCUUUACCCUCUCUAUCCUCUCUCUGUCACUCUGUCCUCUCUCAUUUCUCCUCUCUGUCCCCUCUGUCCUCUCCCUGUCCUCUCUGUUCUCCCUUUGUCCUCUCUCUAUCCUCUCUCUGUCUUCUCUUUCCUCUUUUUGUCCUCUCUCAUUUCUCCUCUCUGUCCCUUCUGUCCUCUCUAUCCACUCUCUGUCCCGUCUGUCCUCGCUCUGUCCUCUCUCUUUCCUUUCUUUUUUGUCUCUUUUCCUGCUCUGUCCUCUCUUCGUCCUCUCUCUGUCCCCUCUGUCCUCUCUCUGUCCUCCUCGUGUCCUCUCUGUUCUCUUUCUGUCCUCUCUCUCUGUCCCUCUGUCCUCCCUUUGUCCUGUCUUUAUCCUCUCUCUAUCCUCUCUCUGUCUUCUCUUUCCUCUUUUUGUCCUCUCUCAUUUCUCUUCUCUGUCCCAUCUGUCCUCGAUCUGUCCUCUCUCUAUCCUUUCUGUUUCAUCUCUUUUCCAGCUCUGUCCUCACUCUUUUCUCCUCCUGUCCCCUCUGUUCUCUUUCUGUCCUCUCUCUGUCCCUUCUGUCUUCUCUCUGUCUCUGUCCUCGCUCUGUCCUUCCUCUGUUCUCCUUCUGUCCUCUUUAUCCUCUCUCUGUCACUCUGUCCUCUCACAUUUCUCCUCUCUGUCCCCUCUGUCCUCUCUGUGUCCCCUCUGUGUCCCCUCUCUCUCCUCUGUCUGUCCCCUCUGUCCUCUCACUGCUCUCCUCCUGCCCCCUCUGUCCUCUCUCUGUCUCCUCUGUCCUCUCUCUGUCCCCACUGUCCUCUCUCUGUCCUCUCUGUCUCUGUCUGCUUUGUGCUGCCUUGGUCCUCCUCCUGUCCGCUCUUUAUCUCUCUCUAUCCUCUCUAUCCUCUCUCUGUCUUCUCUGUCCUCUCUCUUUUCCCUCUGUCCUCUCUCUGUCCCCUCUGUCAUCCCUUUGUCCUCUUUCUGUCCCCUCUCUUCUUUCUUUCUGUAUCCUCUGUCCUCUCUCUGUCCUCCUCCUGUCCCCUCUGUCCUCUCUGUUCUCUUGCUGUCCUCUCUCUGUCCUCUCUCUGUCCCCUCUGUCAUCCCUUUGUCCUCUUUCUGUCCCCUCUCUUCUUUCUGUAUCCUCUGUCCUCUCUCUGUCCUCCUCCUGUCCCCUCUGUCCUCUCUGUUCUCUUGCUGUCCUCUCUCUGUCCUCUCUAUUCUCUCUCUGUCCUUCUUCUGUCCUCUCUCUGUCAUCUCUCUGUCCUCUUUAUGUCCACUCUCUGUCCCCACAGCCCACUAAGUUCAUGGUGGGAACAGAACAGGGUCUCGUUGUCUCCUGUAACAGGAAGGCGAAGACUCCGGCUGAGAAGAUGGUCUGUACCUACGAGGGACACCACGGACCAGUCUACGCCCUGCAGAGGAACCCCUUCUUCCCCAAGAACUUCCUAACCGUUGGGGACUGGACCGCUCGCAUCUGGUCUGAGGACAUCAAGGAGUCUUCCAUCAUGUGGACCAGGUAAGAACCAGAGGACAGAGAUGGACCAGUCUCUGAGGACAGAGAUAGACCAGGUUCAGACCUGUCUCUGAGGACAGAACCAGACCAGGGUCAGACCAGUCUCUGAGGACAGAGAUAGACCAGGGUCAGACCAGUCUCUGAGGACAGAGAUGGACCAGGGUCAGAUCAGUCAGUUCCGGCUCAUAUCUUUAUUGUGCGUGUGUGUGUGUGUGUUGUUCACCCUGUCCGUCUCAGGUAUCAGAUGUCCUACCUGUCUAACGCCUGCUGGAGUCCCGUCCGUCCAUCGGUCUUCUUUACAGUUAAGAUGGACGGAACUUUGGACAUUUGGGACAUCCUGUUCAAACAGAACGACCCCACACUGAGCCUGAAGGUUUGCACACCUGUGAAAUACACACCUGUACACACACCUGUCCCCACCUGUCCACUGUAAAACAAACACACACCUGUCAACACCUGUCCACUGUAAAGUAAACACACACAUUUAUCCACACCUGUCCACUGUGAAAUAAACACACACACACACACACACACACACACACACACACACACACACACCUGUUAAGAACACCUGUCCACACUUGUCCACUGUGAAACAAACACACACCCGUGUGUUGUGGUGUCCUGUCCUCAGGUGUGUGAUGACCCCCUGUACAGCCUCUGUCUCCAGGAUAACGGGCGUCUGUUGGCGUGCGGCUCUCAGGGGGGCGGGGCAACGCUGUUGGAGGUGUGUUCAGGACUGUCCACUCUGCAGAAGAAUGACAAGAGUCUUCUGGCUGCGGUGAGACCAGACCCACCUGUUGUUAGUUUGUGGUUCUACUGAGGUGUUGGAGGCUGUUUCCAUGGAGCUGACAUCACUGUCUCCAUGGAAACAGAGCGAUGACUCGUCUCUGACUGUGUGUGCAGAUGUUUGAGCGAGAGACCAAGAGAGAGAAGAUCCUGGAGGCCCGGCAGAGGGAGAUCCGUCUGAAGGAGAGGAGUCGCUCCGAGCAGAGCCGAGAGGAGGAGGUGGGGCCGGAGGUGGGAGACGACAGUCCGCAUCAGCUGAUCACCUGGACAGAGAAGGACUUCUUCAGCCUGGUAGAGGCGGAGCAGAGGAGGAGGAGCGAGAGGGAGGGGCGGGGUCAGCAGGUGAGACACAAACACUGACUCCUCCUCCUCCUUCUUCUUCUUUGAUCUGGUCAGGAGCUGCAGGUUCAGGAUCUUGUAAGCUGCGUCCGAAUUGCCAAGUAGUAGUCGAAGUAGUAUCUAGCAUGUCCGAAUUGGCCACCGGAGCGAGUAGCAUGCUACUUCAGAUACUACUUCAGAUACUAGACACGCCCACAUUGUAGGUUGGUCUCGGUGCAUCCUACGGGCAUGCUACUGACCCAAAAUGCACCGCGGGCUUCUUCUUCGUCCUCUUAAAAGUUGUAGAAGCGCGUGAUACUAGCGCCACCAGCUGCUCUGCCUAUUUAAAUGUGUCGCGAACGCCGGCUGGCCACAGCAGCGCGCACCAUGUCGGAGCAGCAGCAGCAGCAGCAGCAGGCGGGACCGCAGCAGUACAGAUGUAAGUUUCAUGUAACUUCACACACUGUCCUAAAAAAUGUGCGGUUGUAUCUCUCUGUCAUGUCAUGGUGUCAUAUUUGCCCAAGUAAUCGCAGAUGAGGGGCUUCAGUUACCACUGUCUGCACGGGCGCAGUACCUACUCUCUGCCUGCGGGGGUCGUCUUUCCCCACCGCUCAUCUAGUGUGUCCGAAUUGGGCCAACGUGUUCAGUAUGUAGGAGUAGGAUCUAGCAGUGGUAUGUAGCGGUAGCAUGUAGUAGGCCUGAACGAUAUAUCGUUUGACUAUCGUCAUCGCGAUGUACGUGUGUGCGAUAGUCACAUCGCAGAGCCUGCGAUAUUGGAGGUGAAUGAACUCAUUUAAUUUCAAGGGUAACCGACUGAGAUACACUCCAUGUGACUCUGCAUGUGCUGUGCAGCGAUCCACCAAUCGCCUUCGUCCUUAACUCAGUUGCCAAUCAGACUCACUUCUCAGUUGCCAAUCAGACUACCCUGCCAGCUGUCAAUCAAAAUCAGGGAGGAGAAAACCCACCCCUGCACAUGUUCUGCACAUGGAGGGAGACGUGUGUCCGCUGAGAAUUACUUUCGGAACUUUACUCAUGACUAUUAAGCCCAACAAAUAAGAACUGUAUGGGUUUUAAAUUGUACAUUUCCGUGGACCACUCUACUAUAAGCGGUGCGCGUUUUGCGAGGUGCAUGCAAUUCUCGGAGGACAUGCGUUUCUCGGCACAACACCGCUAACAACAACAACAACGAUCGCAAAAUGAACAACGAACAAGCGAAAACCACCGAAAAUGAAGAUUUGUUGCCAAAAAGAAAAGGAAAGUCAGUUAUCUGGAAUUAUUUCGGUUAAAAGAAGGAUGAUGUCGACCAAAACACGUCUUCUGUGUUCAUCUGUCGCCACAAUAACGUCCCAGAACAAUAAAAGCUAAAAAUAUCUCUGAGACAGACAGAAGCCGUUCUACUAACAUUCACCAAAAGAGGUAAGAUCAGAGCAGAUUAACUGUCCUCAAGAUUUCAGCAGUGCAGCAUAACAUUAAGUGCUAUUCAGGUCAUCUGGUGAAAAUACUGUAUUUUUAAUAUCGCAAUAUAUAUCGCAGGGUUGAAAAAAUCGCAAUAUUAUUUUUUUCCAAUAUCGUGCAGCCUUAGCAUGUAGUAUCCGAGCGGGCAAUUCAGACGCAGCAGUAGUUCAUGUUUCAUCUGCACAGAGGACUUUAGUUUUCCUGGUUGAGAAACUCCGUCUGACUGAAGGUCGUCUGUUUGAUUCUUAUUUUCAGGAGAAAGACGUCUGUGAAGAACGGGAGGAGAAGAACGAAACAACAUCAGCAAAAUAA